AGGUAUGCAAUUUAAUUUAAACAUAUAUUGCUACUGUUUAUAGGCGAGGGAGAGAGAGAGAGAGAGCGCUUUUGAGUUGACACACUCUGCUGAUGGGGCAGUGUUACGGUAAGACGAUCCCCACCGGAGGCGGAGACACCGAUGGGUUCGCCGCCGCCACCUCCACCACCGUUGCCUCCGAUGGGGAGGAUCGCUCGUCCCACACGCCUCCUCCCCACGGCACUCCAUCCGUCAAGACCACUCCAUCGAGAUCCUCUGCCGCCAACAGCCCCUGGCCCAGUCCCUACCCCUUCGGAGCCGGCGGCGCAACUCCUUCUGGGGUCACUCCUUCGCCGGCCAGGUCCACUCCCAGGAGGUUUUUUAGGAGGCCAUUUCCUCCGCCGUCGCCCGCGAAGCAUAUUAGGGCCUCACUUAGAAAGUUGGGGCAAAGGAACAAGUCCCCUCGAGAGGGUCCCAUUCCGGAGGAUGCCGCUACUGUGGUGGUGGAAGAGACGGAACAGCAGCACCACGCGCUUGAUAAGAAUUUCGGGUAUAACAAGAAUUUCGGAGCUAAGUAUGAGUUGGGGAAAGAGGUGGGGAAAGGGCACUUUGGUCAUACUUGCUAUGCCAAAGGGCGAAAGGGGGAGCUCAAGGACAUGCCUCUUGCCGUCAAAAUCAUCUCCAAGGCUAAGAUGACGACUGCAAUAUCCAUUGAAGAUGUUCGCAGAGAAGUGAAAAUUUUGAAAGCUCUUUCAGGUCACAAGCAUCUAGUAAGAUUUUAUGAUGCUUGUGAGGACGCCAAUAACGUCUACAUAAUAAUGGAGUUGUGUGAAGGUGGAGAAUUGCUCGACAGAAUACUGUCAAAAGGUGGUAGAUAUACAGAAGACGAAGCAAAACUUAUUAUUGUUCAAAUUCUUAGUGUUGUUUCAUUUUGUCAUCUUCAAGGUGUUGUCCACCGUGAUUUAAAACCGGAGAAUUUUCUAUUUACCUCUAGAAAUGAAGAUGCUGACAUGAAGCUCAUUGAUUUUGGUCUUUCUGACUUCAUCAGGACAGAUGAAAGACUAAAUGAUAUUGUCGGAAGUGCUUAUUAUGUAGCACCAGAAGUUCUCCAUAGAUCUUACAGUGUGGAGGCUGAUAUUUGGAGUAUUGGUGUCAUCACCUAUAUUUUGCUAUGUGGAAGCAGACCAUUCUGGGCAAGGACAGAGUCUGGUAUAUUCCGUGCAGUUUUGAGAGCCGAUCCAAACUUUGAUGACAUGCCUUGGCCAUCUGUCACACCGCAUGCCAAGGACUUUGUAAAACGACUUUUAAACAAGGACUACCGGAAAAGAAUGACUGCUGCUCAAGCUUUGACUCAUCCAUGGUUGCGGACUGAGAACCAUCCUAUUCCAUUGGACAUACUGGUCUAUAAGUUGGUGAAGUCAUAUCUACAUGCUACCCCUUUCAAACGUGCAGCACUAAAGGCUCUUUCAAAAGCACUGACCGAGGAUGAGUUGGUUUAUCUUAGAGCACAAUUCAUGCUUUUGGAGCCUAGCGAGGAUGGACGUGUCUCUCUCGAGAACUUCAGGAAGGCCCUUGCACGAAAUGCUACUGAUGCUAUGAAGAUGUCUAGGGUCCCAGAUAUUCUACAUGCGAUGGCACCGUUGUCUUAUAGAAAGAUGGACUUUGAAGAGUUUUGUGCAGCUGCAAUUAGCACGUAUCAAUUGGAGGCCCUUGAAAACUGGGAGCAAAUUGCAUCCACAGCUUUUGAGCAUUUUGAACAAGAGGGUAACCGAGUGAUAUCAGUGGAGGAAUUGGCUCGGGAGUUAAAUGUGGGGCCUACUGCUCAUUCUAUGCUGAGAGAUUGGUUGAGGAGCAACGGAAAACUCAGUUUACUGGGGUAUACCAAAUUUUUGCAUGGUUUGACGCUUCGUAGCUCAAACAUGAGACAUCACUAGCACUUUCUUCUUAGUUCCUCCUCUCUUUUUUUGUUUUUUCUUCAACCCUAAGAUGCAUAUGAUCAGUGAUAGCAAUUUCAAAAAUUAAUACAUUUGUUGGAGGAACCCUCCCCCUCCUCCACCCCCCCACCCCACCCCCCAUAAAUAGAGGGUUGAGGAAAAGAAUUUAAUUGAUGUACAAAUUAAUGUAGUAGUGGAGUUGAGUGAAAGGAUAUGCCAUCGAUCUACAAGUCAGGAACUUGUCCAGCUCUGCUUUACUUUCUUCAUUUACAGACACUAGAAUCGAGCAAACACAAAGAUUGAUCUCUCAAGUUUUUUAACAUUUUUAUUUUUCAUGUCUA